GGCACUGUAUCAUUUAUUGUGAAGAUUGAGUUUAUCACUAUCUAUCAAAUCGCUUAUAAAAUUAAAUAAACAGUAUAUGAUCCAAUCUACUGAACCCUGUUAGUCGUUUGUUCACAAUUCAAAGUAACAGACGCACAAUGAAAUGGUCAAUUGUAUGGGCAAUGCUGCCCACAUGGUCAACCAUUGUCAUGGCCUGUGGCAUCUCCGUUCAUAACGAGGUCACUCACCGUGCAAACGACUUGUUAGAAAAUAACCCAGGCAGCAACAUGACAGCAAAGUAUAUUCGAUAUAUGCUUGAUUCUCCAUCAUAUGUGCAAGCUGGGUCAUUUUUCCCUGACUGGGGCUAUCAAUGUCUGGGAUACUCAAAGUUCUCCGAGGAUGCGCACUGGCCACCAUUUGUGAGAGCUGCCAUUGAAUACAUCCACAAUGAAUACCCUGAACCGUGGGCAGACCGACAAGAAGAAGCAACGGGCCUUAUCGCAUUUCUUUUUGCCAUCAUCUCACACGAUAUCGCCGAUGUCUUCUGGCAUGGCUUAGGUGGAUUUCAAGACGGCUUUAUACAUGCAAUGUCUGCCCAGAAUUUCCAUGGAAAUACCCCGAAAGCUCAUGUAGCCGCUGAUGCCGGUGCUGAGUUCACAUUAAGACACUCAGCUGAACUCAAGUACUUCAAUGCUACCUGGACAGUUCCUGUGCGGGACUUGGCAAAUAUUUAUAGUCAAAUGUAUAAACAUACCAACCUACCCACUCCUUCAGAAGAGGAUCUUCGUUACUGCAUGCAGGUCGGCUACACUGCAUUCAAGGCAGACCUCAAGCUUGGCAAAUACCUGUUUCCUUACUACGGACAACAAAGCCCUUUCCUGAUUGAGAAUCUAGACCACUACUACCGUGGUGGAAUUCAAGACAUGACGGCCAGAGUGGUCCGCUGUUGGAGAGAAGUUGCAAGCCAUUUUAGUGGGAACUACUAUUCUGGAUCUGGAACUAUGUGCUCGUCACAUUGGGAUACAGUAGAAAGAUCUCCACUGAGCUCACAUUCCACUUCAUCCAGCGCUACUCACAAAGAAAAGGUCCAACUUCUUCAGAGCUCUGGAUACCGUGUUUUGGAUGAUUGGGAUGACAAAAAUGGAUUUUUGUCACUAUCACUGGCCACUAUCCCGGAUGAAGGUUCUAAACAACAGCAUGUAUUAAAUGUCAAUCUUCCCACUUUUGACGAUAGCAAUUUCCUGGAUACAUGCGAAACAUUUAGCUCAGAUGUGAUGCUUACUUCAAAUCAAACAUCUGGAGGACUCGCUUACGACAUUGUACUUGGUGACUUCAAUGAUGAUCAAUACCCAGACGUGGCAGUUUCAGCUCCUUACUACUCGGCUCAACAACUUCAUAGUGGAGCUGUCAUGGUGGUGGAUGGGCGAAAGGAAAACCUUCAACUUGACAAUAACGACAUCUUCUCAUCCUCCAGUAUUCAGCUGAACAACCAUGUUGCUAAUUCUCGAUUCGGAUGGACCAUGGUUGUCCUCGAUUUCAAUCACGAUGGAAUCGACGAUUUAGCCGUUGCGAGCCCAUUUGGAGAACCUGGAGAAGGCUUUAUUAAUAUUUAUUAUGGAAAAGCCGGUGUAGGACUAUCGGCAAAACCAGAUGUCAUCGUAUUUCUACCACAAAGAAAGAAUAACUAUGGAUUUGGAUCUCGUCUGUAUGCUAUCGAUAUUAAUGGAGAUGGUAAAAAGGAUCUGGUUGUCGGAUGCCCCUAUUGCGGCCGGCAGCAAAAUUUACAAACAGGUGCCGUGUAUGCGUUUUACAGCAACAGGUCCCAUCCACCCACUCUGUCAGUACCAGAUAUGGUUUUGCCAUCUCCAAUGAUACAACGCUACGAACACUUUGGGAGAGCAGUAUCGCUGAUCGGAAAUGGAGAUCGCCGUCUUUUGAUUGUUGGAGCAUUUGGCUACUCUCUUGCGGAAGCUCAGAGAGUUGGAAGGGUAUACGCCUUUGAUCUGAAUAACUUGCCCAAGCCACGUUUACAAUGGACUAUGACAGGCGACAGCGAGUUUCAGCAAAUGGGAAGCGGUAUUGUUGCGGAUAAUGUGCAUUUGGUUAUUGCCAGCAUGUCCGAAACGUCCAGCCAGUUCGGAAGAAACAAAAAGUGGCAAUGUGGUAGCGUUCGCGUGUAUGAUGCAAGUCUUUUACUACAGCAGUAUGGCCAAAUCAAUCCUGGAGCAGCUUUGAUUACUAGAGCAGUCGGCAGCGAAAUGGCAGCGCAUUUUGGCUACUCGCUGGCACUUGAUCAGAAUAUUUUGUGGGUUGGUGAACCUUUCGCAAAUCAAGGUGAGUUAUAACGAGAUGCAUACACUAGACUAUGAAUAGUGUGCUGAGUUAUUUCCUACAGAACAAGGCAGAAUUUAUCGAUGGGACUUGGAGUCCCAGCAAUCAACUUGCGUAUUUAGCAAUGACCCAAGAGCUCGCUUUGGUCAUCGCAUUGUUGUCAAUAAU